AUGGCUUACCUUUCACCUCCUCCUUCGAAUUCCAUCUCUUAUAAUGAUAAUUCUGAUCUUGAUUCCAUUCGGGCGAUUGUAGUUUCGAUCAACGACUAUAUUCUCGGCGUGAUAUUAGACCCCGAAGCAUGGAUUUCGCUUAAGCAGCAAUGCAUCACAAUGCUAAGCAUCGAAGAAGAGGAAACUCUGUUUGAAUUCUCCUCAGAACACUCUGCUCUCUCCAACCUCUACUGGGGAAUCGAGAGCAUCGAAGCUUCUAUACAACAAGAAUCCUCGGAGGAGAAGAAGAUGUCUCGUCUGAGAAACUCAGAGAGGAUGCUUCAAAUGCCUGCGUUGCUUGACGAACAAGGAACCACCAUCACAGGUGUUCCAAACACAGUCUUGGUUGCUUUCUCUUACUUUUACCUCUCCGUUGUAAGCCAUCUCCAAGGUGAUUCCUUUCAGACCACAUUGCAUUUUCUCCAGUCGGUUUUGGUCUCGCCGGAGAUUGCAAGAAACGACAUUGCUCCGGAGCUCUGCGAGAGCAUUUUCUUCACUCGCGGUGUGUCUAGGUCAGAUGAAGAGAUCAGAGAUGUUGCAAGAAAGUACAAGUACAGAGCAACUUAUUACCAGGUUAUGUCUUACGGAGAGAUUCAUCAGCCGCCGCCGAGUGAUUCUACAGAGAAACUACUUCGGAGGAGGCUGAAGAAAAACGAGUUGUCGGAAACCUGUGAGUUCAAGAACCUCCACGGUGUUGAUUUGCAAGAAGAUGAGCUUCAUGACAUCUUCAACAAGAUCAAAGCAUCAAGAAAGAUUGAAAAAUCUGCAAACAACUUCCAAGAUUCUCCAUGUUUGGAUUGGAACCUUCAAGAAGACUACAAUCAAGAUCUUGGAAAAAGUACAAGAGUCAGGUGCUUCAAUGAGUUCUUGAACGAGUCUCAGCAAGAUACGUCAAGCUCAAGAUACGACACUGGAACGGACACAUUAGCCAACAUCUUCUGUGUUUCUCAACAACAAGCUCACAAGGAAGCAAACAGUUUAGCCAACAGAUCAAACAGUUUUAUGGGUGAAUUUAACCGUUCCAUCUUUGAUCUUCAAGCUCAACAAUCAAUGGAAGAUGCUUCUUCUUUGAGGCAACUAGACUUGGAAGACAUUUCAGUCUAUGGACAUAAAGGGUCCAUAACAUUUGAAGCAAUGAGGAGAAACUUGCAAACCAGAAAACGAGGAAAUGGAGCUCGGAAGAUGGAUCUAUGGAAGAAUCUUCAGAGCUUGAUAAAAGAAGUGUUAGGGAAUGCUGAUGAGGAAUAUGUCUCAGAGGUUACAAUGAUUUAUCAACUGCUCAACAAAAAAGAAGGUUUCAAAUACAGCAUGCUAAAAGAUGUCAUUCUUGAUCAGCUUUUUAUUGCUAUUUCUAGCUCAGAGGAGAAGACUGUUGUAAAGGCAUCGAUGACCGCACUUACCAAGAUCAUAUCAGUCAACAGAACAGCUCUUGAGGAAGUCAAGAGGAAAGGUUUGAAUCUAAGUCAUUUAGCUAAUGCCCUGAAACAGAAUGUGCAAGAAGCAGCUGUUCUCAUAUACCUUAUAAAGCCAUCUCCAACAGAGAUCAAGAGUCUUGAGCUUUUACCAGCUCUUGUUGAUGUUGUUGCAUCAACCUCGUCUUCUUCUUCUUGUUACUCAUUGAAACCUUCACCUCCUCUUUUGACGCCACCUGCUGCAUCAUUGAUGAUAAUUGAAGUGCUUAUUACUGCUUUUGAUCAUGCUACAAAUAAAACUCACUUGGCUGCUAUUAGCUCUCCUUCUGUGCUUGGUGGACUUCUUGAUGUUGCAAAACGUGGAAACUCAGGGGAGUUUAUCUCCUUGGCAAGUAUUUUAGUGAAGUGCAUGCAUUUUGAUGGGAUGAACAGGAAGUAUAUCUAUCAACAUACUCGAGUGGCUCCUUUUGCGCAUCUCCUUCUGAGCCAAAACAGAGAAGAAAUGUUCAUUGCUCUACAGUUUCUGCAUGAGGUCUUGAAGAUACCUAGGUCUUCAGCAAUAAAGAUUCUGCAGCAGAUCAAGAAGGAAGGAAGUUUUGACAUUAAGGACACAUUAUUUCAGUGUAUUAAACAGUUGCAAGGAGAAUACAGACUCUUUGCAGCAGAUAUAUUGCUUCAAUUGAGUGCUCUGGAUCCUCUUCCUGAGAGCAAAAAGUUCAGAAAUGAAGCUACAAGAGCUCUUCUUGAUGCAGUUAUAUAUAGUGAAGAUUCCAAAAUGCAGCUUUUAGCAACAUUCAUUCUUUCGAAUAUCGGUGGGACUUAUUCUUGGACAGGAGAGCCAUACACUGCUGCUUGGCUAAUGAAAAAAGGAGGUCUAACUUCUAUGUCACACAUGAAUAUGAUCAGAAACAUCAGCUGGUCAGAUGAAUGCUUACAGGAUCCAGGAAUAGAUGGAUGGUGCUGUAAGAUAGCAAGAAGAGUUAUUGAGACAGGCAAAGCCACGUUUUGCUGUUUGCAAGAAGGGCUUAAGAGUAACAACAAGAAUGUGUCAAAGGCAUGUCUUGUCGCCAUUGCAUGGAUAAGUAUUGAGAUCUCAAAAGGUCCAAAUAGUUUAAAAUAUUCAGCAUGUGAAGUCUUGCUUGAUGAGAUAUCACAGUUUCUACACCCUGGUUUGGAGCUUGAUGAAAGACUUCUUGCUUGUAUAUGCAUCUACAACUUCAGCUCUGGCAAAGGAAUACACAAACUCAUCAAUUUCUCUGAAGGAGUUAGAGAGUCUUUGAGACGUCUUUCACAUGUGACUUGGAUGGCAGACGAAUUGCAUAAAGCAACAUAUUAUCUAUUCAGCAAAUCAGAUCAGCGCAUAUCUUGUGUUCAUACACAAACCAUAGAGAUGCAUCAAUCUGGGAGUGGAGCUGUAACAGCCCUUAUCUACCAUAAAGGAUUGCUCUUUAGUGGAUACUCAGAUGGUUCAAUCAAGGUGUGGGAUCUGGAAGAUAAAUUAGCCACGCUUCUAUGGGACAUCAAGGAGCACAAAAGCGCCGUAACAUGCUUUUCACUCUCUGAAACAGGGGAGAGUGUCAUAAGUGGAUCUGCAGAUAAAACUAUCAGGAUAUGGCAGAUAGUUAAAGGAAAGCUGGAAUGUGCUGAAGUCAUUAAAACAAAAGAUUCAAUCAAGAAACUGGAAGCAUUCAGCAAUAUGAUCUUUGUCAUAACCAAGGGGCACAAGAUGAAGCUACUUGAUUCAUCAAGAGUACCCCAAAGUAUCUUCAAAGGUAAAGGUGUGAAGAGUAUGGUAGCAGCACAAGGAAAGAUUUACAUAGGAUGCAUAGAUUCAAGCAUACAGGAAUUGAUCGUCACUAAUAAACGGGAGAAAGAGAUAAGAGCACCAACAAGGAGCUGGAGAAUACAGAACAAGCCCAUUAAUUCAGUGGUUGUGUACAAAGACAUGUUAUAUAGCUCAACCACUCAUGUUGAGAUGUCCAAUAUAAAGGAUUUGAGAAGGAAUUAUGAGCCCCAAAUGUCAAUAACAGCGGAAAAAGGGUCCAAUGUAAUAGCAAUGGGUGUCGUUGAAGACUUCAUCUACUUGAAUCGAAGUUCAUCCGCAAACACUCUCCAGGUUUGGUUGAGAAGGACACAACAAAAAGUGGGAAGGUUAUCAGCAGGGAGCAAGAUAACAAGCCUCCUUACUGCUAACGAUAUUAUAUUUUGCGGAACAGAAGCUGGAGUCAUUAAGGGAUGGAUUCCGUUAUAG